AUGGAUUAAACUAAAGUCAAAAAAUCUGGAGGAUUCGAAUCCAUGGGAUUAAUCCCAGAACUUUAUAGAGCUAUCAAGAAUUAGGGAUUUAAUGUUCCUACUCCAAUUUAAAGAAAAGUAUAAUAACCAUUUAUCUAAUUUAGGCAAUACCAUAAAUAUUAGCAGGACGUGACAUUGUAGCUUGUUCUAAAACUGGGUCUGGUAAAACAGCUGCUUUUCUGAUUCCCCUAAUAAAUAAACUACAAAAUCAUAGUACAGUUGUAGGUAUUAGGGGAUUAAUACUUCUUCCAACAAGAGAAUUAGCAUUACAAAUUGCAUCAGUUUUAAAAGUCUUAUGUAAAUUUACAGAUCUUCAAUAUUCUAUUAUGGUUGGAGGUCAUGGUUUUGAAGGUUAAUUUGAAAGUUUAGCCUCAAAUCCUGAUAUUUUGAUUUGUACACCUGGUAGAGUGUUGCAACAUUUAUUAGAAGAUAGAUUGAAAUUAUCAAGAGUCUAAAUGGUUAUUUAUGAUGAGGCAGAUUAUUUAUUUGAAAUGGGUUUAGCAGAUCAACUAAAAUAAAUAUUAAUUCAUCUUCCUUCUUAAAAACAAUCAUUAAUGUUUUCUGCUACUAUUCCAGAGUAACUAAGUAUGUUUGCAUCAGUUGGUCUAAAAGAUUACAUAUUUUGCAAAUUAGAUAAAGAAUUUCAAUUACCUGAUACAAUGUAAUUGCAUUUUUUACUUGCAGCAAAUGAUAAUAAAUUAAGUGCUUUGAUAUAUUUAAUAAGAUAACUAGAAGAUACUUGUUUAGUAUUUGCAUCAACUCGUUUUUUAGUUGAUAUGCUUUCUUAUGCCUUAAAUAAAUUUCAUAUAUCAUCUGUUCAUGUUUAUGGUAAAAUGGAUUAGUUGGACAGAAAAGAAUAGUUAGAUAAUUUUAAAAGGAAUCAAGCUAAAGUGUUAAUUGUAACUGAUUUAGCAAGUAGAGGUAUAGAUCUACCUUUUGUGGCCAAUGUUAUACAUUAUGAUUAUCCUUCAAAUCCUAAAAUAUUUAUACAUAGAUCUGGUCGUACAGCAAGAGCAGGUAAAGCAGGUUAUGUAUAUGCUUUAAUAUCAUCAGAUGAGAUUCUUUAUAUUAAAGAAACUAUGAUUUAUGUAGGUAGAAAAUUAGUGAAUGAAGGUGAUAUUAAUGAUCCUUCAUUGGCAUUUUAUGGUAGUUUACCUAUUGAAUUAUUAAUGUAAAAUCAAGAGAAAUUGAAUGAUUUGAAUGAUGAUAUUGAGUUCUAGAAUUAUAAAGAUAUAGCAAUUAGGGCUAAUGAAAAGUUUCGUAAGACAAGAGGAUCUGCUAAGAAAGUUAAAACAAAUAUUGAUACUAGUUUAGUGCAUCCUUUAUUUAAAGAUAAGAUUUAAGUUGAAGAGGAUACAAAAGAUAUGUUAAAUUAGAUUAAGAAUUUUAAAUCUACUUAAAGUGUUAUAGAAAUAAAGAAAUUUGAAUAAAAUUCAAAAUCAGAUCCUUUCAUGAAAGCUGUGUCUCAUUUAAAGGAUGUAUAAAAACGUAAACCAAUUCCAAAGAUAGAAUUAAAAGAAUAACCAAAAUCAUUAAAUAUCGAAAAUUUUAUGGAUUAAAAAUUCUUUAUUCCUACUUAAAGGGAUCCAACAAAAAAGUCAGAAUUUGAAGAUUUACAUAAGAUUACAGUUGAAGAUAUUAAUCCAUUUGUAAUUUCUGAUGAGACUGAUGCAUUACGUAAGAAAAAGUAGAUGGUUUGGGAUAAGGAAAAAAAGAAAUAUGUAAAUCCAAAGGCAACUUAGUAAUAAGAUAAAGAGGAUCGUGGAAUGAAGGUUGAAAAAGGGAAACAAAAUUUUAAGAAAUGGUAAAAACAAACAAGCAUUUAAUUGUAAAAUGUUGGAGAAGAAGAAGUAAAGAUUUGGUUGAAAUUUAGGAUUAAUAAAUAGUUUCUCGAGCAAAAGAGAUGUUUAAGAGGAGAUAAAUGAGAAGCAAAGGAUAUUAUUUUAAUUAAGAGGAGGGACAAUAAAGAGGAGGGAAAUAAGAAAUAAAGAGACCAGAAUAGCUGUUAAAAGUAAAGAUUUUGUAAUAUAUAUUUUUAGUCUAAAAAAAUAAAGAAGAAUUUGAAAUUGAAGAAUAUGGAGAAGGGUAAACGUAGAUAGAUAGAGAAGAAACAAAGAAAGAAUAAAUUGUGAUU